UUGUUUCAUGUUUUUCACAUGUUUUGGCAAUGUAAGGAUAUGCCAAAAAAGCCAUUCUGAAUAGAGAGAUGGAGAGAAUACAGUUUAAUUAAUGGCACAGACCUACCCAGUUCCCAUUUUAGGAAGAGGAUUAGUGGAACAAAAGCUGUUUGCAUAAAGCUCCGUAGGGAGGAGUUUACGCUUUCCGUGGGAGAGCAGAGGGAGCGAAUAGGGAAUUUAAAAGGGUUGUGCAACGUUUGCAUCAGGGAAUCGAUACCCGGGGAUUGAAGGAGUGGAGAGAGCAGAGGACAGUCAUUGUGGAUACGACCGCCGCUCUAAAACAUUCCAGCAGCUCAAUCAUUCCUUUAUCGAGUUGCAGUUUUGCGUAAAGCCGCAUACCUUCUGACUGACACUAGCAGACAGAAGGUUAGCUCACAGGUUGCACAAGUGUUAUUAUUAUCAAACAAUGCGGUAGUGGUGAGAGCAGUGAAAAGAGCAGAGAAGGAUAAUAUCUGUAGAGAAGAGGCAACACUGUAGGUUACAGUUUUCUUUGUUGAGUUCCUCUGCAAAACUAAAGGCUAAAAGAUGUCUAAACCAAAUUACACAGGAACKUUUCACAUGGUGUCUCAAGAUAACUUCGAGAACUACCUCGCAGCUUUGGAUAUUAAUUUUGCCCUGCGGAAGAUAGUGUGUAUGUUGAAGCCCACUAAACAGAUAGUCCACGACCCGGCCACGGGCAUUAUGAAGAUCCGCACAUUGACCACCUUUAAGAACUUUGAUAUGGAUUUCAAACUGGGUCAGGUCUUCACCGAGGACCUGGGACCUGUGGAUGGACGAGUCUGUCAGACCACAGUGGACUGGGAGGUGAUAAGCUGGUGUGUGUUAGAGGAGAGAAGAGGGAAGGGAUGGACACACUGGCUGGAGGAGACAAGUACACCUGGUGAGAAUGGAUGGCUGGAUUAA